AUGCUCUCACGUGUUGCUGCAGUGAAGGCACCCCGCACACACAACCGUCGCCGCGUGACCGGAUCGAGCGGAAGGAGGAGGGAAGGAAGAGAGAGUGAGCGGCGGAGGCCCAACAUGUUGAGGCAUCUCUUCUACUCUGCGGUGCUGCUCCUCGUUCUUGUGAUGAUGUGCUGCAACGCUGUUGGUGCUGCGGAAGGUCCGGAGCAGUCAACAGUUUCAAAGUUUGAAUGGAAAGACGUCAAGGAUGAGGGUGGUGGUGAUUUAACUGUGGAGUCGUUGGGUGCUCCCGGCCUUCUAAAAGUGGGGAGUGACGUGUUUGCCGUCGCCGAGGCGAAAAACACGGGGAAGGAGGGUCAAGGCAGCUUUACUGGCAUUGUAUCCCAACUUCUCACGGAAACAGCGAAAAAAAAGGAUAACACACCGGUGGAAAUAAUGAAUGAUGCCAACACGAAGACACAAUUUCUGGAGGAAUCUAUUUCCGCAGGCCCAAAGAAGAAAGUGGAUGUGAGCCGACCAACAACAGUUGUGAAGGGAAGUGAUAUUUACAUGCUUGUUGGGAAAUACAGCCGUAAUGAUGCUCAGGGGAGUGGUGGUGACUGGGGACUUUUGCUGGUGGAAGGGGAAGUCGGUGGUGAAGAAAAUAGCAAAAAAAUUGACUGGAAAAAUACUGAAAGUCUCCCGCGAGGACCUUUUGGCACAGAACUCGAAUCCUUGAUGGGACUGUUUGGAGGCGGUGGAUCGGGUGUUAAGAUGCACGAUGAUACGCUUGUGUUUCCAGUGGAAGCCACGAAGAAGGGUGACGCACAAAAGGAUGUGAAAACCGUUUCGCUGAUUAUACACAACUCGAAGGAUGCUGCGAGUUGGAAGCUGUCGAAGGGGACGUCUGCCGAUGGAUGCAGUGAUCCCUCCGUCGUGGAGUGGAAGGACAAAAAACUCAUCAUGAUGACUGCGUGUGAUGAUGGCCGCCGCAGGGUGUACGAGUCCGGUGACAAGGGGGAGUCGUGGACGGAGGCACUCGGGACACUCUCGCGUGUGUGGGGCAACGAACAGGACGGAGAAGGUGGCGUUAGAAGCGGGUUCAUCACAGCGACGAUUGACGGCGUUGAUAAUAACAGAAAUGUGAUGCUCGUUACUCUGCCGGUGUAUUCCGAGGAGGCUGAUAAAGGUAACGAGGAAAAGAGUGAACUCCAUCUUUGGCUGACGGACAAUACGCACAUUGUUGAUAUUGGGUCGGUAUCCGAUGAUGACGCUGCCGCCAGCUCCCUGUUGUACAAAAGUGGUGAAAGUGGAACUAAUAAUGAUGAGUUGAUUGCACUGUACGAGAAGACGGGCAAAGGAGAAUCAUAUAGUCUGUGGUCUGUGGUCCUGACUGAGCAGCUGCAGCGUGUGAAGGAGGUGGUGGCGACCUGGAAGAAAGUGGACCAAACUGUCUCCAAGCUGUGCCCUUCUGGGAGUACGGAGAAGAGUGCCUCAACCGACAAUGCCUGCAGCGCUGUCAUUCCGACGGAUGGGCUGGUUGGCUUUUUGUCCGGCAACUUCUCUGGUAACACAUGGAGGGACGAGUACCUCGGGGUGAGCGCCACAGUGAAUGAUGAUGGGGGUGAUAAGGCAACAUUGCAUGCCGGCGGAGUGAAGUUCCGGGGAGCGUGGGCUGAGUGGCCUGUUGGCAGUCAGGGGGAGAAUCAGCUGUACCACUUUGCGAACUACAACUUCACUCUUGUGGCGACGGUGUCCAUCGACAAGGUGCCGGAGGAGGGUUCUCCCAUUCCUUUGAUGGGUGUGCGUCUGAACGAUGAAAAAAAAACCAAACUUAUGGAGCUGUCAUAUGACAGCGGAAAUAAGUGGCAGGUGCUGUCCGGUGACAAAACUUUUAAGGAGCUUAAGAGCGCUUUGGAGCCAGAGAAAACACACCAAGUGGUGCUUGUGGUACGGAACAGCACUCAAGGCUCCGCGUAUGUCGAUGGUAAGCAAGUGGGUGGGGACGAAGCGUGUGCAUUGGAGAAUAUGGAUUCAAGAGCGGUAUCCCACUUCUACAUUGGAGGGGGCGGAGGCAGUGCAGGCGGCGCAGGGAGACAAGAAGAAGAGAUGUCUGUGACUGUGACGAACGUCCUGCUGUACAACCGCCCGUUGAGUGCUGCGGAGAUUGGCGCCCUAAACCCGAAUAAACCCUCUAUUUCACCUGUGGUGCCUGAAAAUGGCCAAGGAACCCAGUCGCAUUCCUCUUCUGCCGGGCAAUCGCCGUUGAGGCCUAAAUUGUUGAAUGGCAAUGAGGGUGCGGGCGGUGGCAGGGCGUCCCCAUCAGAACCGUCCACUGUAACGACUUCCUUAGGAAAAGAGCAAUCCGAAAUUCAGCCGCCUUCAGUAAUAUCUUCCGGUGGAAGUAAACAUGUGGAUGUCGCUUCUUCAUCCGAUGGUGAUCCAACGGUGGGAGCAGAAGCUGGAGGUGCGAUGCAGGGAGACACACCACCCCAAACUCCUGUGGAUACCCCCGACACAGCAGGUGCAAACGCUCCUACCGCCACGGACACAGCUCAAGUUGGCCCCACAGCUACAACUGGGGUGGGUGCGAUCUCUGGUGCGAAUGUGGAGACGGCGGAAGGGAGGGAUGGGCAGGAAGAGCUCCAUGCACGGGACGGCGAAGUAAAGGGUGCGGCACUCAGCAGCAGUCUCGGAAAUGUGUCGCAGGGGAAUAACAGCGAUGCCGGCACUGUGUGUGGGAGCGGACUGCUGCCGCUGCUUCUGCUGUUGGGACUGUGGGUGUUUGCGGCUCUGUGA